UUGGCACAUUAAAUUUCGGGCUCGUCAAUGGGGAAUGCAAUUGCUUGGCCGCAGACUCCAACCUGUGGUAUUUUUGAGACGGUGAGACGUUGCUCUCUGAUGGGGAAACUGGUUCCCAUUCCUGCCCCUUGGAUACCAAUCAUUUUGCAGGGGGCCCCACAAAAGUUAAAAUAAAGCUGAUGCGAGUGAGUGUGCAUCUGCAUUUGUAGCCGUUUAUUAUGAUGUCAGCAACGCACUUUUAUUCUUCGGAGAGGCUCCUCCAGAAGCCAGAUUGUGCGAAAUAUCAUUAAGAUCGGAUCCGAAUCCUGACCGCCACUUCACGCUUAUCCAACAGAUUUCUUACUUCAUGAUUUCUCAAUCGAAAUUCAGAGAACUCACGCUGUUUACCGAUAAUUAAUCGAUAUUUCUGGAAAAUCAGCCCCGUUCCAAGACACAGCACGGAAUGUGGUUUUCAUGCUCCAUCACAGUGGCUCUGCGGAUUAUUUCAAGCGCUGACUUUCAGCCAAUCAUACCAUCGCCUCAGAUCGAGUUAAGCAGCCCAUACGUUGGGCAUACGGGUAGAUACGAUCUUGCCAUGAAUCAUCCACCCACUCUGGCACAAGACGACCCCAUGCCAGUGUCGGUCGGACAUAUCAUGCACUGUGACGAAAUGUUGCUUCUCCCUGCAUAUUUCACAUCCAAUUUCAAUAUAUCCCGAAACGAAUUCCUUUUUCUGACCAAAGAAGCAAAAUCCGGUACGGAGUCCAUUAUGUAUAUGGGUUGAUCACAACGUCCUGUCACAAAGUUUAUCCAUCCAUUGUUUUUGACAAGG